CCCGGGCGGUCCGCGGCGCCGCCUGAUCCCGCGCGUGCCGGAGCCGGGCGCGGAGCGUGGCGGCGCGCGCGUCCUGGCCCCGCGGGCGGCCGGCCGGUGCGCCUGGCUCGGGACAGGCCCGGAGGACGCGAGUGGCGCUCCGGCCUCGGCGCCGACAGCCCCGGCCGGGCCCGGAAAGGGCCGGGCCGUCCCCGGCGGGGGCCUCGGCCGCGAGCGGAAGUCAGCCGUGGCGGGCCGGUGCGUGCGUGCGGCGUGGGCCAUGGGGCGGCGGGCGCGGGGCCGGCGGCUCCAGCAGCAGCAGCGGCAGAGGGCUGAGGGCGGCGAGGACGGCGGGAAGCGCCGCGAUGCGGGCUGGGAAGGCGGCUACCCCGAGAUCGUCAAAGAGAACAAGCUGUUCGAGCACUACUACCAGGAGCUCAAGAUCGUGCCCGAGGGCGAGUGGGACGAGUUCAUGGGCGCGCUCCGGGAGCCGCUGCCCGCCACGCUGAGGAUCACCGGUUACAAGAGCCACGCCAAAGAGAUUCUCCACUGCCUGAAGAACAAGUAUUUCAAGGAGUUGGAGGAGCUGGAGGUGGACGGCCAGAGAGUGGAGGUGCCUCAGCCGCUGAGCUGGUAUCCUGAAGAACUGGCCUGGCACACAAAUUUAAGUCGAAAAAUCUUGAGAAAGUCCCCACAGUUGGAAAGGUUCCAUCAGUUUCUCGUUAGCGAGACUGAAUCUGGAAAUAUCAGUCGCCAGGAAGCUGUUAGCAUGAUCCCUCCGCUGCUACUCAAUGUCCAGCCACAUCACAAGAUCCUAGAUAUGUGCGCAGCCCCUGGAUCAAAGACCACACAGUUAAUUGAGAUGCUUCAUGCCGACAUGAACGUCCCAUUCCCAGAGGGAUUUGUUAUUGCGAACGACGUGGACAACAAGCGCUGCUACCUGCUCGUCCAUCAAGCCAAAAGGCUGAGCAGUCCGUGCAUCAUGGUGGUGAACCAUGACGCGGCCAGCAUACCCAGGCUGCAGAUGGACGUGGACGGGAGGAAGGAGGUCCUCUUCUACGAUCGGAUUUUAUGUGAUGUCCCCUGCAGUGGAGAUGGUACUAUGAGAAAAAACAUUGAUGUUUGGAAGAAGUGGACCACACUAAAUAGCUUGCAGCUGCAUGGUUUACAGCUGCGGAUCGUGACACGAGGUGCCGAGCAGCUGGCCGAAGGUGGGAGGAUGGUGUAUUCCACGUGCUCGCUGAACCCCAUCGAGGAUGAAGCCGUGAUAGCAUCUUUACUGGACAAGAGUGAAGGCGCUCUGGAGCUGGCUGAUGUGUCUGAGGAGUUGCCGGGGCUCAAGUGGAUGCCUGGAGUCACACAGUGGAAGGUCAUGACGAGAGAUGGCCAGUGGUUUGCAGAUUGGGGUCAAGUUCCCCACAGCAGACAUACCCAGAUCCGACCUACCAUGUUCCCACCCGAGGACCCGGAGAAGCUGGAGGCCAUGCACUUGGAGCGGUGCCUUAGAAUACUACCACAUCAUCAGAAUACUGGAGGGUUCUUCGUCGCAGUGUUAGUGAAAAAAUCCCCAAUGCCGUGGAAUAAACGGCAACCAAAGGUGCAGGGUAGGUCUGCAGAGACCAAAGACGCCACGCAGCCCAGUGCUGCAGAGCCCACGGCAGAGGGGCCUGGAGACCCCUGUGGACCGGAAAGCCAGCUCGCCUCUGCAGCCGAAGAUGUGGAAACUGUCCAGGCGGCUGAGAAUUUGGAGAGAAACGGAAAUAAGAAAGAUGGCGUGUGUGGGCCUCCUCCAUCCAAGAGAAUGAAGUUUGGAUUUAAAGAAGACCCCUUUGUGUUUAUUCCAGAAGACGACCCUUUAUUCCCCCCUAUUGAAAAAUUCUAUGCUCUGGAUCCUUCGUUCCCAAAAAAGAAUUUGUUGACUCGGACUAUGGGAGGGAAGAAGCGGCAGCUGUACAUGGUCUCCAAGGAGCUGCGUAACGUGCUGCUCAACAACAGUGAGAGGAUGAAGGUCAUUAACACAGGAAUCAAGGUCUGGUGCCGAAACAACAGUGGCGAAGACUUCGAUUGUGCCUUCCGGUUGGCACAGGAGGGAAUAUAUACACUGUAUCCGUUUAUUAAUUCAAGGAUUAUCACUGUAACAAUUGAAGAUGUGAAGAUUCUACUGACUCAGGAAAAUCCCUUUCUGAGGAAACUCAGUAGUGAGACCUACAGCCAAGCCAAGGACCUCGCGAAGGGAAGCAUCGUGCUCAAGUACGAGCCAGACCCCGCGAAGCCAGACACCCUGCAGUGCCCCAUUGUGCUUUGCGGCUGGCGGGGAAAGACUUCCAUUCGAACUUUUGUGCCCAAGAACGAGAGGCUUCAUUACCUCAGGAUGAUGGGGCUGGAGGUGUUGGCAGAAAAGAAGAAGGAAGGGGUCUCUGGAACUAACGAGGGUGCAGCUGGCACUGGGCAGCCGGAGGAGGAGGGCAGCGGGGAGCCCCAGCAGCCGGAGGAGGAGGAGGAGGAGGCCGGUGGGGAGCCGAGGACAGAAGAGGCUGAUGGCCCAGGGGGCCCCGAGCUGCUUCGGUGAGGGGGCUGUGGGCAGACG